GGGAUUCUCUCUCCCUCUGUCUCUGUCUUCCCCCACUCCUGUGCAUUCUCUCUCUGUCUUGAAAUAAAUAAAUAAACAAAAAAAAGUGAAAUCCUGUUUGGUACUAGAAGAUAUUAUUCUUCUUGGGUGGAGUCAAGGGAUGCCCUACCUCCAUUCCAAUGUUUCCUAAAGAAUAAAAAUUGGAAACCCUGAAGUCAGGCCCUGUCCAAGUAUAUGGAUUAGGGGGCUGGGCUUUUCUAGGACCUCCAUGUAUUCUGCUGAACAGAGCUCUCCAUAAGCUAGUCCUAAACUCUGAAGGAAAGUGGGGCUUAGUAAGUAAUUGUGCUUGUUGAGGCUAAACAAUGUAUAGUGGCUGCAAGCAGAGACUUUAGAGUCAGACUCUUUUGUCACAGACUUGGCUUCAGUACUUACUGGAUGUAUAACUUUUAUCAAAAAAGUUUGCCCCUCUUUGUUCCUUUUAAUUACCUGGAAAAUUAGGAUAACAAUAUUAUUACUCUUAAGUGUUUAUUUAAAGGACUAAAUGUGUUAAUGAAUAUAAACAUUCGGCGUAAUGUGUAGCACAUGGUAACUGUUCAGUUAAUGUCAGCAAAUAUUGAUAUGGUGAUGAUGAUGAUGGUGAUGAUAUUGAUUAUUCAAAAAUUUCAUUGAGAUAGGUUAAGAGACCCAUGGAAACCUGAAUUUUACUACAUAUAGAACACAUAUUUUCUAUGUUAAUGUAUUUUGUCCUACAUUUUAAGGGACUCUGGAUUUUUAACUUGUACAGAGCACUUUACAUGGCCUCACCCAGCAACUACUCCACUGCUCCAGUCUCCGAAUUCCUCCUCAUCUGCUUUCCUAACUACCAGAGUUGGCAGCAUUGGUUGUCUCUGCCCCUCAGCCUCCUUUUCCUCCUGGCCAUGGGGGCCAACGCCACCCUCCUGCUCACCAUCCAGCUGGAGGCCUCUCUGCAUGAGCCCAUGUACUACCUGCUCAGCCUCCUCUCCCUGCUGGACAUCGUGCUCUGCCUGACUGUCAUCCCCAAGGUCCUGGCCAUCUUCUGGUUUGACCUCAGGUCCAUCAGCUUUUCUGCCUGCUUCCUCCAGAUGUUCAUCAUGAAUUGCUUCCUUGCCAUGGAGUCCUGCACAUUCAUGGUCAUGGCCUAUGACCGCUAUGUGGCCAUUUGCCACCCACUACGAUACCCAUCCAUAAUCACCGACCGUUUUGUGGUUAGAGCUACCAUAUUUGUUGUGGCCCGGAAUGGCCUCUUUUUCCUUCCUGUUCCAGUCCUUUCUUCCCGACUCAGAUAUUGUGCAGGGAACAUCAUCAAGAACUGCAUCUGCACUAACCUGUCUGUGUCCAAACUCUCUUGUGAUGACAUCACCUUCAACCGGCUCUACCAGUUUGUGGCAGGCUGGACCCUCCUGGGCUCUGACCUCAUCCUUAUUGUUCUCUCCUACUCCUUCAUCCUGAAAGCUGUGCUAAGGAUCAAGGCUGAGGGUGCUGCGGCCAAGGCCCUGAGCACGUGCGGUUCCCACUUCAUCCUCAUCCUCUUCUUCAGCACUGUCCUGCUGGUUCUGGUCAUCACUAACCUGGCCAGGAAGAGAAUUCCCCCAGAUGUCCCCAUCCUGCUCAACAUCCUGCACCACCUCAUCCCCCCAGCUCUGAACCCCAUUGUUUAUGGUGUGAGGACCAAAGAGAUCAAGCAGGGAAUCCAGAAACUACUGAGAAGGUUGUAAGAG